AUGGAAGAAGAUUCUGAUACCCAUUUUUAUAUAGAACCAGAUGAUUACUAUGAGUAUAAUUCUCAUAAUAAUAAAGGUUCUUAUAAUAACAUAUUUGAUAUCUCAGAUAAUGAAUUAUCUCAAGCAGAACCUGCUGCAAGUAGUCAACCUUCU